AUGGCCACGAUAACCGAAGUCGUAGCAGAACAACCAUCGUUUGUAAAACUCGAACUGCGCACUGCAUACGGGCCGGUAUAUCGCGAUGUGUCGACUCAACCGCCGAGAGAAUGUCGAGGUGACGAGAUACCAUUGAUCGACAUCUCCGGCAUAUAUGGGGAUCUGGACGCUCGGAAGAAGUUGGCCCAAGAGAUCAAGACUGCUGCUGAGAACACUGGGUUCUUCUACAUUCAAAACCAUGGUAUCCCAGAAGCAGCAAUUCAGGGGGCGCUUAACGCGUCCAAAAACUUCUUCGCACAGUCUGAGGAGAAAAAGAUGCUGGUGUCAAAGGACAAGGGGAAAUGGUACAAUGGCUACUCAGGGAAAUACACGGCGAUGGCUAGUCCGACAGAAGGCUUGGAUUAUCGUGAAGCCUUCUCCUGGCGUUAUGAGCCUCAAUAUGACCCUGACCCCAAGGAUUCGAAUGCUGUUCCGCCCGAGGUGCAGCCGUUCAUCCGUGGUGAGGGUUACGUAUGGGAAGGCACCAAGGAUAUACCCGGGUUCAAGGAUGGUUGUAUCACCUACUGGCAGGAAUGUGUCAAGCUUGCCCGAAGGCUGGUAAGAAUCUUUGCAUUGUGUCUUGACCUACCUGAGAAUUAUUUCGACUCUGUCACCACGUACCCCGGGAGCGAUGGAGUGUUCAACUAUUAUCCGGCCAUGUCAGCAGAACAGGCAGCCAUGAGCCGAGACAUUGGACUGGGAUCUCACACUGAUCUCCAAUGCUUCACCUUGUUGUGGCAAGACAUGAGUGGUGGACUGCAGGUAUUGGAUAAAGAUGGGCAAUGGAUCAAGGCCAGUCCAAUCGAGGGCACAUUCGUGGUCAAUAUUGGAGACUACUUGAUGCGUCUGACCAAUGAUCGAUUGAAGUCUACCGUUCAUCGGGUAUACAAUCGCUCGACUGUCGACAGGUAA